AGUACGACUCCGAUCUCUAUCUCCGACGUUCUUCUACAAAGACAAGAAAAUGGCUCGUUUGGUUACGAUAAUCUCUCUCAUUAUUCUCCUGUCCGUCUCCGAAGCAAAGGAGUUCAUCGUCGGAGGCAAAGAGAGCAAGACUUUCUGGAGGGUUCCCGCCGGCGGCGAGAAUCAGAACAACCUCAAUUACUGGGCCGAGAGGAACAGGUUUCGAUCCGACGAUGUUCUUGGUAUGGAAGUCCGUCGCUAAAAGUGAUUCGGUGCUGGAAGUGAGCAAGAAUGAUUACGAGAGCUGCAACACGACGGAUCCCAUCAAGGAGCUGAAGGCCUGUGACGGGAAGUUCACUUUGGACCGGUCCGGCCCGUUUUACUUCAUCAGCGGGAUCGAACGUCACUGCAAGAAAGGGCAGAAGCUGGAGGUGGUCGUUCUCGCCGAUCAUCAUGGCCGGCGGGCAUUGUCUCCGGCGCCGGCGCCGGAGAAGUCGGAUGGAUCGAAGGUUGGGGCUUUGGGGACGGUGUCUUUGGCGACGGGAGUUGGAUUGGUCACCGCUUUGUUUCUUUUAGUUUAGUGGUUAAUUAAUAGAUGGGUUUAAUUAACUUAAUCUCUGUUGUCUUUUGUUUUUCUUAAUUCGCUAAAUGUGGACUCUUUUGCAUGUUUGGAUU